AUGGUUGAGAACAUACCACCAGUCCUGAGUUCUCAUCACUACAAGCAUUUAAAGCAUUUGGAUCGCUGUAAACAGCUAGUUGAAACAUGUGUGGAAUUAUUGUCAAAGGGUGAUCACGAUGCAUUGGCCUAUUUGGCUCGUACUUUGGGAAUACCACCACAGUUAAGACACAAAGUAUGGCCCCUUUUAUUAAAAUAUCAUCCAAUGUGUAUUUCACCAAAUAUUCUUUCCAAUACAGUAGUUUGGGACUCUGAACAUAAUUUUUACAAAUUGGUCAGUGGUACUAGUAGUUCAAACGAUAUCAAUAAAGAACCAAGGGAAGGGUUGGAAAAUUUAAUUUUACAUGAUUUAAAGAAAUAUUUUAGAAAUGUCAGCAAAUCGGAAGAGGACCACGAAUUACAAGUUCUAAAAGAGGCAGUAUUAAAAUUUUUAUCCAAAUGGUCAAGAAUUUUCCAGUACGAAAGCGGGUUAGCCUGGAUUGCAGUUGGGUUGGCUGAAUGGAUUCCAAUCAUUGAAAAUUCAGAAGGGCCUAUUGUAUUAAAUGAAAGAAAAAACCAUACAAGUGGUACCACUACACCGAAUCAACCAAAUCCAACGUGCUUAUCACCGUUAUUCAAGGAAUAUCCCUUGCCAUCAUAUUUGAAGUCUAAACUGCCGAAAGAUUCAAUUUUUGAUUUUAACGAGAUAUAUGAAAGGAUUGUGCUUGUGAUUCUCCAUUGUCCUGAUACUAUAACAGCUCAAAAACUUGUUGAAGCUGAAUCUUUGAAAAAUUCGGCACCAAGGCGUGGUUCCUAUGCUAUAAAGGAAGGCAAACUAAACUAUUCGCCGUUCUUAUCCGGCGGUGAUUUAGGUUAUCAAACCCAAGUUUUUUUCAAAGUUUUCUCAACAGUUUUACCAGAAUUAUAUCAACCUUUUACAGAGGAAAAUGCAGUCCAGCCGAGUUCAAAGAGAACUGGUUGGUUAUAUUGGUGGAUGAAAUGUUCCGGUGCUAGAGCUUUCCAAAAGCAAGAUAGGGGUCGUCUUUGGGAUAUUUUGUUAGGUUGGAGACCUGAACCUAAUAGGCAUACGAUUGAUUUUUUUCUGAACUACAAUUCUAAAAAAUUCGAUCAUCUUUAUCAUUCAAGAUUCAGGAACAACUUGGAUUUUUUCAAUUCGACUUCCAAGAAUGAUCCAUUUUGGUUCCCAGACUUGGACACAAUACCGUUGGGGACCUCUAAAUUCAAAUACGAUUUUAACGUUUUUGAAGAAUUACUAGACAGAAAUAGCUAUGGUCAUGAUGCACCUCCGGAUCCAGUUCCUGGAAAUAAUGAUGAUGAUAAGAUUCCGUUCUCUUUGAUAGAUUCACAUAUUCAGUUGGUCUUCAUUUACAUUGCAAUUUUACAGCAUAACGAAUUCAAGCUUUUAGAAUUUGAAGAAACUGAAACUUCCGAAUUUCUCAAUAACGUCCCCAUGCUUUCUAGGGCAGACGAUAUUUGCUUUAAAAGGCUUUGCGAUGAUGAUCAAUCAACAUACCAAAAUGGUUUUACCAGUCAAGAGGAUCUGCCGAAACGUCCUGGUUCUUCCAAACUACGUAUAGGAAGUGAUGCAAAGACUUCAAGGUCGUUUAAUGAUAUUUUGACCAUGGCAGGUGACAUCUGGCGUAAGUGGCUUUGGCAAGAAUUAGAGGAAUGCUUUGUAUCUGAGUGA